UGUUUUUGAACUAAAAAUAAGACACUGAUUUCUCAUAGGCUGAAAAGUUAGCAUUCUUCCUUGUUCUUGAACGAGAUCUUGGUGUAGAUCAUGGAGAAGUUAUGGAGGUAACAAGAACCCUGGCUAAUGCUCAAGAGAAUGGACUUCCAGCCAUGUUACGAGCUGAGGAUAAACUGCGGCAAGCUCUUGAACCUGCGCAUAUUCAGCUAUUAUCGCAGAUAAGCAAGCUACCAGGAGGUGUCAAGGACAUUGUCGACAUGAGAAAUGAUCUGUUGGAAGGAUUGAAUGAAGAGAAGGAUCCUACAGCUAGACAAGAACUCCAAGCCCUUAGUUCAUCCAUCAAGAAUCUCUUGGCUCAGUGGUUUGCUGUUGGAUUGUUGGAUCUUAGACGAGUAACAUGGGAAUCACCUGGCAGUAUUCUAGAAAAGAUAUUGCAUUACGAGGCAGUACAUUCAAUGUAUGGCUGGGAUGACCUAAAGCGGCGGUUAGCUCCAGACAGAAGAUGUUACAUAUACACCCAUCGCUCCAUGCCUGGUGAGCCUGUGGUAGUGUUACACACUGCACUGGAGUACGAGAUCGCAGAUAAUAUUCAGGUUAUACUGAGCGAGCCUGAAGUUGAUAGAGAUGAGUGUGAGUAUGAGCUGGAGAAAAGAACCACUGCCGUGUUUUAUUCCAUCACUUCUACACAGAAAGGACUAAGCGGCGUGGAUCUUGGUAAUUUUCUUAUAAAGCAUGUGGUGGAGGAGUUACGUCACGAGUUCCCGAACAUCACACAGUAUUCAACUCUGUCUCCUAUUCCUGGCUUUAGACAAUGGCUUCGACUCCAGCUAACCCUCGCCCUGGAAAAGCAAGCAAAGGGUAUUCCCCAAACUCUACUUCUGGAAGAUGAACAGAAAAGAAUUCUUCAAAGCCGCAAGAACACAGACUUGUCACCGCUGUCAUUGUUCAAGGACCUUUUAGGGACCAGUGAUUGGCAUGUUGACCCAAGUCUAGCUGACUGUAUGAAGAGCCCGCUGAUGCGCUUAUGUACCAAGUAUCUGUACACAGAGAAGCGAAGAGGAUUUGUUAUGAAUCCUGUUGGUAAUUUUCACAUAAGGAAUGGUGCGUGGAUGUGGAGAUUAAACUGGCUUGCAGAUAUAAGUGCCAGAGGAAUGGACAAUUCGUUCGGAUUAAUGAUGAACUAUAAAUACGUAUUAGAAGAUGUGGACAAGAACAAUCAGCAAUACUUGCUUAGCGGUACAGUGGCUGCCUCACCCCAGUUCCUACAGCCACUAGUUAUACUGAGCGAGCCUGAAGUUGAUAGAGAUGAGUGUGAGUAUGAGCUGGAGAAAAGAACCACUGCCGUGUUUUAUUCCAUCACUUCUACACAGAAAGGACUAAGCGGCGUGGAUCUUGGUAAUUUUCUUAUAAAGCAUGUGGUGGAGGAGUUACGUCACGAGUUCCCGAACAUCACACAGUAUUCAACUCUGUCUCCUAUUCCUGGCUUUAGACAAUGGCUUCGACUCCAGCUAACCCUCGCCCUGGAAAAGCAAGCAAAGGGUAUUCCCCAAACUCUACUUCUGGAAGAUGAACAGAAAAGAAUUCUUCAAAGCCGCAAGAACACAGACUUGUCACCGCUGUCAUUGUUCAAGGACCUUUUAGGGACCAGUGAUUGGCAUGUUGACCCAAGUCUAGCUGACUGUAUGAAGAGCCCGCUGAUGCGCUUAUGUACCAAGUAUCUGUACACAGAGAAGCGAAGAGGAUUUGUUAUGAAUCCUGUUGGUAAUUUUCACAUAAGGAAUGGUGCGUGGAUGUGGAGAUUAAACUGGCUUGCAGAUAUAAGUGCCAGAGGAAUGGACAAUUCCUUCGGAUUAAUGAUGAACUAUAAAUACGUAUUAGAAGAUGUGGACAAGAACAAUCAGCAAUACUUGCUUAGCGGUACAGUGGCUGCCUCACCCCAGUUCCUACAGCCACUACAAUAACCUUUAAAACGGCGUGACUCGAUGAUGAAUCUUGCGUGACAGAAACGGAAAUCGGGACACAAACUCGAUUGCAGGAUCCUCCAUGAAUCGUGGGACGGCAGGGCGGAAACAGAAAAGAGCCUGGUAUCAAGGAGACCGUAAAAUAACAGUGCGAAAUAAAAAGGAAUACAAAACACACGUUUCUUUUUGUAAUAAGUCAAAGAAUUUUCUAGAGUUAUGCCUAAGAAUUAUCGUUACUUUCGUCAGAUUAUUCAACUCAUCAAUCUGGUAGUGAAUCGUUUCCCCUCGUCGAUGAAAGUGGAUGCCGUUAAAUACUACUAAUUAGAGAGAUUUUUAGUGACAUCCUAUCGAGGAAGCCAUUCCGAAAGAAAGGAAAUCAUUUAUGCGAUAAAAGACAAAUAUUAAAAACCAAUUACUAGUAUUCAUGCUAGUUUUCACGCACCGCCACAACGAACCAAAUGAACAAGGGUGUCUUUACAGCUAUAUUAGAGUCGCAAACUGAAGAAAUUCUCUCUGGUUCAAUUUGGGAAACGAUUUCUUUUCUUGUUCGAACAUUUCCUAUUGCGAGGCAAUACCUUUAUGGCCGCUGUAAAGUUUUUCUGUCUAACAAUCAGAUUAUGAGCUCGAGAUUUUCAUCACUAAAGAAAUCGAGAGCGACUAAUCUGAUUGUUUUAGUAUAAAUCUACUAGAUGUUCAAAACUCCAUCUAAAUCCCCUUUAGACACUGCGAAAACGCAAAGAAGUGACCUUCAUUUUGUUAACAACCGCACACUGCUAGAAUACUCGGUACAACGUACAACGGAAUAGAUAGAUAGUGGCAUAGCCAAUAAGAAAACGGCAAUCGUGAUCGACAGGUUAUAGACUUACACUAAUGCGUAGCUAUAACUGCAAGUGGCCAUCAUUUUGCGGUUGACUAGCAAAAAGCAUUAGUAAAAUGCUGCUUCGAUCGCCGCGGAAACUCUUGAAGAAAAUCAUUUUAAUUCUCAUAGAACAUUUGUCGGCAAAGAAGUCGCCCGGUGCGAACGAAUAAUAUCGUCGCCGUUUACCUUGGAACGCAUAUCAUUUGAAAACUUACCUACACAUGCAGCGCCCUAUGCCCGUCUUUAUAUUAUCAGAGCGCUUCUGCAAGCCAUUUACAAUCGGCGAUUUUCGUUUGAUCGACGGUCUAAAAUCAAGGCAGAACAUAGGCGUAAAACCAACGGUAUUUUCGAUCAGAUUUUUAAUUCACACCAUCAUCAACUUGCUUUUGAUUACGGGUAAUAAUGUGUAACUUGCGUAACAGUAGCCUUUUAGUUUGUAAUGAAUGGCUGAAAUCGAAGUAAAACAAAACGUGCCAGAGGCCACGUAAAUGGUUUUUAUUACAUGCGACUGACACGUACUAAAACUUUUGUUUAGCUUAUCAAAUCAAAACGAGUAUAACUGAUCGAGCCCCGGGGCAUGGACUGUAUGGAGGGGCAUCGAGGGGGAUUUAGAAGCACGAGACGUGCUGAUGUCGGCAUAACCGUGAGAUCCAUGAUUGCCAAUGAAUAGGCUGAUUUCCUAAAAAAAAAUAAAUACGAUGGCGAAACUCAAGAAGCUUAAGGGAUAUUCUUUUGUACAAACUGGGAUUCAGUUACGUGAACUUAAAACUUAGUUCGAGAGUGAUCGGGAAUAAUUUUUCAAAAAAUUUGCAUAUUUAUCAAUUACUUUAUCUCCUUCGGCAAAAUCAGCUAAACGACCUGACUCCUCAGGGAGGGCUAUUUCCGGUAAUGUAUCUUCUUUAAUUGUCAGUGACUCGCUUUCAAUUUUGAACCAACUGACGAGUAACAUAUAUAAGCAAACAGAAGAAUAGUUGAUCAGAUAAAACUGAUCAUUUGAAGAAAGAUUCCUGUAGCCCGAUUUGCAAAGAAAUUUAACAGUUUGUCGACAAUCAACGAAGCACAGCAAGGAAAAACAAACAUCAGAAUCAGAG